CGAUGUGAGCCACAUGUACCAAAUUCACUAAAAAGAUUAUAGUUAACGAUGUAGGAAAAAAUUAUAAUUAGGAUGCCGAUGAAUGGAUAUCUUAUCUUUGAUAAAAGCUCAAAUGGGUGUUGAUUUAUAAUGCAUUUCGAAGCUAUAAACAUGCAUAUUGCUUAAAACCAAACCUAUAAUGAUGAGACUUUACAUGGGAAAGUUUAAAAGAUUAUACACAGUUGGUGAGAAUUUAAUUUAAAAGUAGAAGAAGAAUCCUAGCAUUAUAGGCUAAGUUGAUAAAUGAAAAAGAAAAAUGAAAAAUUAAAAAAGGAAAAAAAAAAAAAAAAGAAGAAGAAAAGAAAAGGAGAAUAACAGUGGGGAAGAAGAAUCAUCUUUUAAAUUGAUGUAUUUGAAUAUCGUACAAAAAGACUCUUAUACUACACCAAAGGUUCAAAAAUCAGGCUCUAAGCACAUGACCAUUGUAGUGUCAGACUCUUGAUUCCUUCUUUCAGAGAGAAAGAAAGAGAACCAGUUCUCUCUCUCUCUCUCUCUCAUUUAUUUUUAUUUAUUUAUGUAGCUUUUUUCUGCCUUUGUUCUUUGCAAGAAGUUACCAUCCCUCUUUAAUAGCUUUUCCUUUUCUUCUCUCUCUAAACCCUACUUUAUUCCUUCUUGAACUCACCUCUAAAAAAGGAAGACUAUCCUUCACUCGAUCCUCCUUGUGUUCACAAACAACAAUUUCUUCCUUUCUCUCUCUCUCUCUAACUCACUUGAAACUUAAACCUAGAAAGCAAGAGGCCAGACAGACCCCAUCUUUUGCUCUUGUUUGUUCCUACAUAUCCUAUAUUCUUGUUUUUAGCAUGAACGUUGAAGACAAGACUGUGUUUUUUGAGUAGAGAGAUCUUCUCUUUUCUUUAUUUUUCUUUCUUUUGGUUUUCUUGCUGCUGUUUAAUUUGUUAAAAGAAACGAAAUGGCCUCUCCUUCUGAACUAACCCUUGAUUGCAAACCUCAUAGCUAUUCUAUGCUAUUAAAAUCUUUCGGAGAUCAGAAUGACCACACUCAAAAGCUUGAAGAAUUUCUCUCCCGCCUGGAGGAAGAAAAACUCAAGAUUGAUGCUUUCAAGCGCGAGUUGCCUCUUUGCAUGCAACUUCUCACCGACGCUGUGGAAACUUCAAGACAGCAAUUACAAGCCUAUAGAGCAAAUCAAGGGCCCAGGCGAAUUCUUGAAGAAUUCAUGCCACUCAAGAACUCUACUUCCGAAACCUUAGAUAAAUCCUCAAACAUGUCUGAUAAGGCAAACUGGAUGACAACAGCACAACUUUGGAGCCAAGAAAGCAAUGAAAUAAAGCCUCAAACAACGUUCAAUUCCCCAAAAGAAACCAAUAUAGGAUUCAAUGUUAGUCCCAAGCUAGGUUUAGACACCAAGCAAAGAAAUGGAGGAGCUUUCCUUCCAUUCUCAAAGGAAAGAAACUUGUGCCCAAGCCCAACCCUAGCCCUUGCUUCUACUGAUAAGGAAUUAAUGGAAGACAAGAAAUGUUUAGAAACUGAAAAUGGGCUUUCUUGUUCAAAAAGAGACAAUUCUAGUAAGGUUAGCAAUGGUGGGAUCAUGAUUGAGCACGGAAAAGGAAAUGGUAAUCUAGCAUCAUGUGAUGGGCAACCAACAAAUACUGGCACUGGUAAUAAUAGCACAAAUACUUCAACCACAACUCAAACUCAUAGGAAGGCAAGGAGGUGUUGGUCCCCUGACUUGCAUAGGAGAUUUGUGAAUGCUCUGCAAAUGCUUGGAGGUUCGCAAGUUGCUACACCAAAACAAAUAAGGGAGCUAAUGAAGGUUGACGGUUUGACCAAUGAUGAAGUUAAAAGCCAUCUGCAGAAAUAUAGGCUUCAUACAAGGAGACCUAGUCCAAGCCCACAAGCACCUGGAGCCCCAACACCACAGCUCGUUGUUCUAGGAGGCAUCUGGGUCCCACCAGAGUAUGCCACUGCAGCUCACGGUGGGACCCCAACCCUCUACGGCACCCACCACCACCCAGUCUCCCAUGCACCACCACCUCACUUUUGUGCGGCACCACCUGUGCCACAAGAUUUUUACACUGCAGCAGCAGCAGCUGGAGCAACAACGCCGCCGCUGCCACCACCUCACCACCAGCUGCACCACCAUACCCUCCACCACCAGCUUCAUAUGUAUAAUAAGGCCACAUCACAGGCUCAUAGCUCGCCGGAGUCUGAUAUAAGAGGCACUGGAGAUCGGUCUGAGAGCAUUGAAGAUGGGAAGUCAGAAAGUAGCAGCUGGAAAGCUGAGAGUGGUGAGAAUGGUGGAGAGAGAAAAGGGUUGGCUGCUUUCAGAGAAGAUGGUGAAGAAAGCAAUGGAAGUGAAAUUACUCUCAAGUUUUAGGGCACUGGUAAUAUUAGGGUUAGGAUUAGGAUUUAGGUUAAUUAAAUUGCAAGUUUCUAAUUUGUUAUUAUAUGGUACGUAUUAAUUCUAUUGUAAUAUUUUUCUGUCAAAUAUAUUAGGGAGAGAGAGAGAGAGAGAGAGAGAGAGAGAGAGAGAGUAAAAAAGAAAUAGAGAGAGAGUAAAAAGGGCACAAUGAGAAAUUGAGUGUUUUGUUUUGUCUUCAUAACGAGCUUGACAAAGAUUGAAUGAAAACAUUGGAUUAUUAGUUC